AUGGGUUCAGAUCUUCAUUUCUCAGAUCUGCUUCAGAAUAUCCGAUCGAUUUUCAUACCCGCAUCUUCGAAAUGCAAGGUUUUAGAUGAGAGCUUUCCUGCAAAAUUCUUUGAAAAGGAGCCCAGUAAGAUUUUCGAGUCAUACGUCAAAUUUAUUAAGUCAAGAAGUAAUGCAGAGGGAAUAAUCAAGAAUGAAGAUAAAUUGGCUUUGACCACCAUAUCAGCUAGAUUUGAGAGUGGUGAUUAUUCACCAGAUGUGGGUGGACUUUAUAAACUUUACCAUGAUGUCAAACUUGUAUGUACUAUACUGAUACACUACCAUCCUCAGGGCACCAGGAAUUACCAGAUGGUGGACAAGUUCUACAAGUUUGGUACUGAGCUUAUAUUAAGAGAAUGUUAUAAGCUAGGAGCUUCCCUUACAAAAAGCGAUCGUGAAAAUAGUGUCGGUAAUGAAGAUAGAGAUAAUGAAUUGAAUCAGAUCAUUGCAGAGGACUUUAUCACGAUUUCGACUAAUUAUCAAGUUCCGUUAACUCAAACGUACCACAUUAAGACGAAAGAUCAAGAUCUUUUCUCUUCAUCCAUAGCAAAAUCUACUUUAGAUGAAAGACCGCAUGAAUUACCCAACAGUAAUUUUGAACUGAAUAAGGUAAUUCCCCAAACAAAUAUUUGUGAAGAGGCUCCGCGACUGGGGUUCGUUGCCGCAAAUACUAGUAAUAUUCCAGAUCCUACUUUGCCCCCUACAGAAAUGAUGGCAAGAUUCCUACAUCCUAACUGGUAUGCACUUCCAACCACAAUGUGGUUAAAAUACGGGGAAUAUAAGUCCUGGGCGCCUUCAUUCAAGGAAAAUGGAACUGUCAUCGAUUCCACCACCCGUGGGAUAAUUUGGUUGGAAAGAGUUGGCUAUGUGGAGAUGUAUAGAAAGAUGGAGGAGUCAAGAAAUAGUAAGAGCAUUCAUUCGGAGGUAAAUGUGGCUGAAAAUGAUGAAAAAAAGAAUAACGAUGAUCUUGAGAAAGUUUCAGAAGAGAAGACUGAUCAGCAAAUGCAAAAAUUAAACGGCGAAAAUGGAAAAAGUGGAUCAACUGAAAGCAAGAAGCAGGAGUUCGUCAAUGGAAAAGGAGCGGUUGACAAUGAUGUUGCAACGUCAAUUCCGGCUUCUGAAGCUGCACCUGAUGGAAAUAAAGUCUCAGAACCACUUUUGAUAAAGCUUGAAAAUCUUCUGGAUUGGUCACCUGGUAAUUAUAUAGAUGAUGACGAAAUCGAGCAUCUGAAGAACGGAACGCACGACGAACUCGUAUCAGCAACUCUACUGAAGAUAAAAAAGUUAAGAAAGUUGAGAAUUUCAAGAAAAAUCAGCAAACCAUCCUUGGAAGAAAUAAAAGCUUACUACAAGGUUCGCAGAUUAUUGAAAGAAGUUCUUUUGGCAAAACAAACUAGGUCAUUACCAAUGAAACAUUGCAGGUCGUUUCCAGUUUUACAGGCAAAUUACAAUGGUAGUAUACCGGUAGUAAGGGUACAACCAACGAGAAAGCGGAAAUCCAAGAAAUGA